CGCCGACACCGCCUCCCAGGGCCGCGGACUCGGCCUGCGCGGCCGCCUCUGCCGCAGUCAUGGCUGCUGACGGCGUGGACGAGCGCUCGCCGCUGCUGUCCGCGUCCCACUCGGGGAGUGUCACUCCCACGGCGCCCCCGUACCUCCAGGACAGCAGCCCCCGAGCGGAACUCCCGCCUCCGUAUACAGCCAUUGUCAGCCCAGAUGCCAGCGGUAUUCCAGUCAUAAACUGCCGUGUGUGCCAGUCUCUCAUCAAUUUGGAUGGCAAGCUUCACCAGCAUGUGGUUAAGUGCACAGUUUGCAAUGAAGCUACGCCAAUCAAAAAUCCCCCAACAGGGAAGAAAUAUGUUAGAUGCCCUUGUAACUGUCUCCUCAUUUGUAAGGACACAUCACGGCGAAUAGGAUGUCCAAGACCCAACUGUAGACGCAUAAUUAACCUUGGCCCAGUAAUGCUUAUUUCUGAAGAGCAGCCCGCUCAACCUGCAUUGCCCGUCCAGCCAGAAGGUACAAGGGUCGUGUGUGGGCACUGUGGAAACACAUUUCUGUGGAUGGAAUUGAGGUUCAACACUCUGGCAAAAUGCCCACACUGCAAAAAAAUUUCUUCAGUGGGUAGUGCACUUCCUCGAAGACGCUGCUGUGUAUAUAUUACCAUUGGAAUGAUAUGUAUUUUCAUUGGAAUUGGAUUAACUGUUGGCACCCAAGAUUUUGCAAGACAAUUUCAUGCAACCUAUGUUUCUUGGGCAAUUGCUUAUCUCUUAGGUUUGGUCUGCCUUAUCCGAGCUUGUUACUGGGGAGCCAUAAGAGUGAGUUAUCCAGAACAUAGUUUUGCAUAAGCUUAUUUUAUGACUGUGUGAUGCAGUUGAGGGUAUCUAGCAGUUCUUGAUAAGCUACUCUGGACAUCUUUAGAUCAUUUAUCUAAUGGAUUUCAUUUUCAUUUAUGUAUGAAGUUUUAAGACUUUGGGAGCCUUAUAUGAACAAACGUUUAUUGUACUACAUUAUAGGCAAAUAGUUUGUUUUGCUGCUAAGUUUUCAAGCUCCAAAUAAUAAAGCUUGGUCUUCAUGUUCUUUUACAUCUCUUAAAGAUAUUUUUGAUUUGUUCCCAAACAUUACACAUAACACCACGCUUUCAUUAUUUUUAAAUCAAUUAUUCUAUAACUUGCUGGUCUGUGAGUAUUCCCAAGAAGUGUUUAUAAAUAUUGAUGUAAUAGCUUCACAUUUAUACUCACUUUUUAAUUAAACAGUGUCACAAUUGCUUGCUUUAAAAUCUAAGCAAUAUGCAUUUUGCUUGAAGUGCUUAUAGUAACUUUAACCUAAGAUCAUAGUGACAUUGUUCAGGAAAAAAAAUGUUUAGUGUACCUUCAAAGACUUGACAUUCUUGUCAGAUAAAGACCAUUUCUAGAUACUGUAUGCUUGUUUUAUGUUGUUUGUAGAAAUAAAUAAUAUUUUGGUAGUAAUUUAAAAUAUAAGAAUAAAAAUAUUUAUUUGUCCACUGCUGGAGAUAUGUCGGAUAAAUGUUUGUUCUCAAAGAUC